UAAUAAAAUGGCGAGCACGGGUUGUUCUACAUUUUCUCCUGAUAAUCAACUCUGGGCAAAUUGUGGCCGAGAUGGAAAAUUGAAGAUAUGGGAAACUCGCACAGGUAAAUUAAAGCAAGAUUAUGUUCCAAAUUUACAUUUAUCCUCCGGGUGCAGUGUUUUGGAGUGGAUCACCGUCAGUCAACAAUCAAACACGCCAUCACCAUGGAUGAAGCGCAAGAGAAAAUCAAUGUCCAUAGUAGAAGACUCGGAGCAAAGACAGCUGAUAGCUAUGGGCACGGUAGAUGGCAAGGUCAUCAUUUAUAAUCCAUCGGCGGGGUCUCCGGAGAAAAUACUCGAAAACGGACACUCAGCAGCGGUGACUGCUAUCACUUGGUCCUCCGUGGGGCUUUUCACCGCUGGCGAUGAUGACCUGAUUGUCGAGUGGAACCUCCAGGGCGGAGGAGUCAAAUCCACGUGGAAGUCAGGGCAAAAUGGAAUCAACUCGCUUGUUGUUUCCGCAGAUGGACAGUAUCUGGUUGCGGGUGAAAGGCUCAUUAGAUGCUGGAGUUUGGAAACUAAAAAAGUUGUGGGAACUUUCACUGGACAUGCCAAUCCAGUAAUUUUUCUCAGAUCUGUACAAGUUGGGAGUAAUAAUUAUGUUAUCAGCGGUGCUAAUGGUGACUCUUAUCUCUGUAUUUGGUCACUUUCUGAGUCAGCGAUGAAAGCAAAAACCUCAAUCGCAACAUUGACGAUGCAAGAUGACCCAGUAUCAGUAUCCGUAAAAUUAAACAACCAGUCCCAAAUAGUAAUCCUAGCGACAAACAGAACCGGGCAGUGUCACCUGUUUGUCUACCAACCAAACGGGCUCUCAACAAAGCCAUUAAAACCAACAGUUACCGUAAUAAUUACAACAGAAUCAGCCGACAAGGACGUCACACCAGUGGCAAUCCUCUCUUCACAAUUAACAGAAGACAACAAAAUGCUCCUAGCCUACGGAACCCUGGUGUCUCUGGCAUUCGACCGUAUUGUCCCCGAUUUAUCUGAAAAAAUCCAGAUGGUGGUACGAAAAAACGUUAAAUGGACCCAGGAAAAAAAAACUGAAGCAUUAAGUAAAGUAAAGAAUGUCGUGACUGACGGAGAUGUAAAGUACGUAGCACCCGGUGCUCCUUUGGCCCUAAAGCGUUCGAGAGGCUCUACCGGGUCUCAGUUACCACUUCAAGACCGGCUUGAACAUCUAAGCCUAAAUAACGAAGGAAAUCUUUCUAAAACUCCGACAAAAGGUAACAAUAAGACACAAUUACUGCUCCAAGGAUUGACCAGCAGAGACAGAAAUAUUUUGAACAGUGUUUUGUUAAUGAGAGAUGAGCAGGUAAUUACAAACACCGUUGUCAAUUUGCCAGUACAAGCCUUGAAGCCGCUGAUUGGAGAGCUAGUAGGAAUGCUACAGGGAAAAACUUUUCCGAGUAAAAUAGCUGUUUUGUGGAUUAAAACUUUGAUAAUAACUCAUGCAGCGCAUCUGCUCUCGCUGCCUAACAUUGACGACUUACUAAGUCCUGUUCUCGGCUUCAUUGAAGAUAAACUGACUAUUUUACCCGAGUUAUCCAGGCUAAGAGGUCGCGUCGCUCUUCCGAUUGGAUUGCUUCCUCGUGACGUAGUCUACUCGCCAUUCCACCCGGCGCAUUACGAAGAAACUGUGGCGCUUUUCCGAAUACUCUACUUCGCCAAAGACUACGACACUUUCUACAAGACCGCAAUUUGGGCUCGCUCCAACGUUAACGUCGGAUUAUUUGGACACACUUUAGCCAUACUGGCGAUCCAUCGUCCAGACACCGUUCAUCUACGCUUGCCUCCUCUGUACGAAAUUAUUCCACAUGCUUUCUUCAACUCCGAUGUUAUGCAAGCUAUUCGUAGCGUCAAAAUAGGAGAUGCCGGUGUCAAAAAAUCUCUAGCCAUAAAAUACCACGAAGGCGGCGACAUUGUGAUCCCGGCAAAUUACAGUGGUUGGUACCUGCACCAUCCGCACGCUGAUGAAGAAUUGACCUACUUCACUGAAGAUAUUGGUCUCUGCACUUACUAUUUCUUCUUUGCUCAUGACUUCCCGCACUUCAUGAACAGCGAUGUCUAUCAUCUUCAGAAGGAAGUUCGUGGAGAAGUAUACUUCUUUGGACACAAACAAUUACUCGCUCGUUACUAUUUGGAGCGUUUGUCCAAUAAUAUGGGAGAAAUUGAAUUCAUUGACUGGCAUGAACCUAUUUUGACUGGUUUCUAUCCAACACUUACUCAUACCAAUGGACUUCCCUUCCCUCAUCGUAAUGCAUGGAGUCAUAUUCCUAAUCACAAGCUUGAUUUAGUUCACGACGCCGAAGAAGCAGAAACCCGCAUCCACGCAGCAAUUGACUCUGGAGUAGUAUAUGACUACCACCACCCACCCCGAGCAGUAAACAUUUACACCCCCGAAGGUCUGAACAUCCUCGGAAACUUGGUUGAAGGAAAUGCAGACUCUUUGAACCGAGAAUUCUACGGCAGCAUGGACCACUUGAGCAGAAUGAUUCUCGGCUUUGGACCCAAACCAAUUGACAAGAACCACCUGGUCCCCAGUACCCUCGAGUACUACCACCACCCACCCCGAGCAGUAAACAUUUACACCCCCGAAGGUCUGAACAUCCUCGGAAACUUGGUUGACGGAAAUGCAGACUCUUUGAACCGAGAAUUCUACGGCAGCUUGGACCACUUGAGCAGAAUGAUUCUCGGCUUUGGGCCUAAACCAAUUGACAAGAACCACCUGGUCCCCAGCACCCUCGAGUACUACACCACCAGCAUAAGAGACCCAGCAUUCUUCCGUAUUUACAAGAAGAUCGUCGGCUACUACCUGAAGUACAAGGAACAUCUCCCGCAGUACACUCACGAAGACUUAGCCUUCCCUGGAGUAAAAAUUGACUCUGUCGUUGUAGACAAACUCUUUACUUUCUUCGAGCCCUACGAUGUUCUUGUUAGCAACGGUGUGCUAGUAUCUUCACAAAAAGACGCAGAAUCAACGGUAAUAAAGGUCCGCCAGCAGCGUCUGAACCACGAACCCUUCACCUACCACAUCAACGUCAGCAGCAAAAAGAAGGUCAAGGCCAAUGUUCGCGUCUUUUUAGGACCCAAGUUCGACCACCAUGGCCAUGAGCUUGAAUUCACUGACAACUGGGCCAAGUUCAUUGAGAUGGAGCAAUGGAUUGUCGACCUCAAGCCUGGUACCAACAAAAUCGAGCGCAGCAGUCAUGAAUCAAUCUACGUAUAUCCUGACGAAGCAAGUAGCUCAGAGUACUGGAAGCUUUUGACGAAAGCCAUCGAGACCGACGAACCAUUCACCUACAACAUGCAGGUAGCUGGAUUCCCCGACCGCCUGAUCCUGCCCCGUGGAAAGAGAGAAGGUCUUCCACUCAAGUUGUUCGUCUUCGUCAGUGAGUUUGACGAGAGCCACAGCUUCAAAUUCGACUCACCAGUCUGGGGUCAGACCGUCACCGACGCCAAGCCCUUGGGAUAUCCUCUGGACCGACCUGUCGUGCCCUACGCAUUCACUGUGCCAAAUGCCUACUUCAAGGAUGUCACUGUCUACCACAAACCUAUUGAAGAACUCAACUAAACCGUUCAAUUUUGU